AUGGUCAAGAAGGUCGGUUUGCUGAUUGCAGCGUUGACGCAGCUUAUAGCUGUGGUCAGUGCUGCCACUCAUGAGUUUCACUGGAGAGCCCAGUAUGCCAUGAAAAAUGUGGACGGUGAUAAGGAGAGAGAGGUGAUAUCAUGUAACGGUGAGUUUCCUUGGCCUGAUGUCCGUGUUAAGCGCGGAGAUCGGGUUAUUGUUCACUUGGAAAACGGUUUGGAGGACCGCAACACAUCGCUGCACUUCCACGGUAUGUUCCAGAACGGGACUAACCAGAUGGAUGGUCCAGAGAUGGUUACUCAAUGUCCUAUCAAUCCAGGCGAUACCAUGAUCUAUAAUUUUACUGUUGAGCACAACAAGGGUACAUUCUGGUAUCACUCGCAUACGAUGGGGCAGUUCCAAGAUGGUAUGAAGGGUUUGUUCAUUAUCGAGGACGAUGACUUCCCAUACGAGUACGACGAAGAGACCGCUUUAGAACUCAGUGACUGGUAUCAUAGGUCUACAAAGGAAAUUAUCCCUGAGUUUUUGAGUCUUUACAACCCAACGGGUGCAGAGCCUGUUCCUCAGAGUCUGAUAAUGAACAAUACACGUGAAUUGAAAUGGCAUGUUAAGCCUAACACCACAUACUUGCUACGUGUGGCCAACACCGGUGGUUUUGUUUCCCAGUACUUCUGGAUUGAGGACCACGAUCUGGAGGUUGUGGAAGUCGACGGUGUGUAUGUGGAGAGAAAUGUUACGAACAUGAUCUAUAUUACAAGUGCUCAACGUUACUCGAUGCUUGUUCGUACUAAGAGUGACACCUCGAAGAACUUCGCUAUCAUGCAGGCCUUUGACCGUAUGAUGUUGGAUGUUGAGCCUGAAGAUCUUAUUUACAAUGCUGCUUCUUUCAUGAUUUACGACGACGAAAAGGAUCUUCCGGAACCCAUUGUUCCCGAAGAAUAUGAAUUUUUGGACGAUGUGUACCUGGUGCCUGUUGAUGAGCACAGGAGAGAGGCAUAUGGUGACCCGGAUGUGUCGAUCGAGGUUACCGUGGACAUGGACAACCUAGCCAAUGGUAUCAACUAUGCCUUCUUCAACAAUAUCACAUACGUUGCUCCAAAGGUUCCAACGUUGAUGACUGUUUUGAGUUCUGGUGAAAACGCCAGAGACCCAAGAGUUUACGGUUCCAAUACACACACAUACGUCUACGAUAAAGAUGAAAUCGUGGAGAUUAUCAUCAACAACCACGAUACAGGAAGACAUCCAUUCCAUUUACACGGCCGUGUUUUCCAGGUCGUUGCUAGAGGUCCCGUCGUCGUCACUGAUAAAGAUACUGCAGAUGACCAAGAAACAAUAGAAUAUGACCCAGACAGCGCAGAGUUCAGGGAAAUUCCAAUGUGUAGAGAUACAGUCUACGUCGAAGGUAAAUCUUGGGUUGUGCUGAGGUUUAAAGCCGACAAUCCAGGUGUGUGGCUCUUCCAUUGUCACAUUGAAUGGCAUAUGAUGCAGGGUUUAUCUCUCACUCUCGUUGAAGCGCCAUUGGAUAUUCAGAACACCGCUUCUCAGCAACUGACUGAUAGCUCCUUGGGUGUCUGUGCCAACGUCGGCAUGAGGCACCUGGGUAAUGCUGCCGGAAAUAGCGAUGACAUAUUCGACCUAACCGGUGAAAACGUUCAAGCAAAGGCGAUCCCAGACGGCUUUACUGCAAAGGGUAUAGUUGCCAUGUUCUUCUCUUGUUUGGUUGCCAUUAUUGGUCUAGUUACAUUAUCCAUAUAUGGUUUGAUGGAGUUCCAAAACCUCGACGGGGAAGACGAAGAAAGUGAUAAGGUCAAGCCUGGAAGUGCAAGCAGUAUUUCGAACGAUGCCGAUCACUCUUCCUCUUUGAACAAACGCUGA